UGCUCUGACAAGCAGUGACUGUACCGUCGUACACAAAGAUGAUCCUGAAACCAAGGACCAAGGUACCAGCCAAAAUGACGAAAGCGGAGUCGUUCCUGACGCGCCGGAGGAAGAACAUCCUCCUGUUGCCAUAUGCAAAGAACAGUUUAUAGAGCAGGAGCCCUGCGAAAUGUACGACGACGCCCGGUCAUUCGGAGACAUGGACAGUCUGCCGGCAGGAGACGAGCUGGUACUCGGCGCCGCCGGCAGCGAUAGCGGAGGAGGGUGCGGACGAGCGCUCAGUAGUGGUGGUGGAUCUAGGUCAUGCGCGUCCAGUGUGGUAUCGUGCGGCUCGGGUUGCGGCUCUGAGAGUUCUUCCUUGGCCGGUGCGCCGCCACGGCCCAGACGCCGCGUUAACGUUAACGUCGCGGAGCCCAAGCGCUGCUCACCUGUCGGUUCCUCUACGCCUCGACCGGUCACUGCACCGCGCGGGCCCAACUUAGCCACACGCGAACGAGCUCGCAGCCGAGAGAAACCCACACCCCCCGAGAAACCACGUCCACUGACACCGAAGCCACGAAUUAGACCGACCGCCGACCUGCCGAACAUCAUUCGUGAAAGUCCAGCGUUGCGCGCUAAACCGACGAAGACGUCUACAGCCCGUUGCCGCACUCCCAGCUCGCCGAGCGAGGAGAAGAGGUGGCCGGCAAACGGACCGCGAUUAACAGCGACCACCGACGCCGGCGCCGCACGAGUCGCCGCCGACAAGUACGGAACACUACCGCGGCGGCGACGUGAUGCUGAUCCCGAAGGUUCUCCAAAACACGAGGGCACACCGCCCUCUUCGAGGAGACCCACCGUGUCGCGAUCUUCGUCCUCACGGUCCACCAUCAAAACAAGAGUACGGAUAUAUGCCGAAAAGACUUCGCAGACGGUGCUCGUCGGGACGGACAUCGAGGCAGCGUUCGCCGGCGUCGUGCCCAACAUCGACAGCCGCGUGGAGGUGAGCCGGUGCCACCGCGGCGUGCAGGCGAGCGCGCGGGACGCGGAGGCGGCGCGGCUGGCGGCGGCGCUGGGCGCGGCGCAGGCGGAGGCGGCGCAGGAGCGUGCGCGGCGCGCGCUGGCGGACACGCAGCUGCAGGCGGAGCGCGCCGCGCGCCUGGCCGCGCUCGCCGAGCUCGAGCGCAACUCGCGCCGGCUGCUCGACCUCGCCGGCGCCGGCGCCGGCGGCGCGGGCGGCGGCGCGGACGCGUGCCUGCGCGCGCUGGAGGAGCAGCUGCGCGCGGCCGGCGACCUCGCCGCCCGCCAGCGCGCCGAGAUCGACUCCUUGCGCGACACCUGCAACACGCUGCACGCUGAGGCGCACGGAGCGCGCGCGGCGGCGCGGCUGGCGGAGGCGCGGCUCGCCGAGGCGGAGCGCGAGGCCGCCGAGAUGCAGGACUUCCUCGCCGCCGAGACCGGCGCGCUCAGCGACUCCCUGCGCGACGCGGAGGCCGAACUCACGCGGCUCAAUGCAGACCUCGACAAGAGGCGCGCGGAGUGCCGGCAGCUGGUGCGCAUGUGCGAGCAGCGGCGGCAGGAGGCGCUGGGCUGGGCGGCGCGCGCGCGCGGCGGCGCGGGCUCGGCGGGCGCCGCGCGCGCACUCGACGCGCUCGCGCGCCGUCUGCGCCGCCUCACCGCCGCCGUCGCCGCCGCCUACGCGCUGCCGCCCGACGCGCUGCACCCCACCGUCUACCACAACGACGUCUACAGCAGCCGCAGCGACAGUGGCGAGGCCGCGACGCCGGAGGAGGAGGGACGCGCUGCCCCCUCCGGUGCCUGCGCACGCGCCGCGCCGCCCGACGACCGCUCGCGUAUGUCCGACGACAACGACAACUCCGCUGACCUGCUCGACUCGGAGACGGAGCCGUGUCUCGUCACCGAUCCCGAAUACGCGGAAGAAUGGUGGUCUGGUGCUGAGGGUGCGGGCGCGUGGAGCGGCGACGAACUCUCGCCCGAGCGAGACUUUGCGGGAGAUAUCGAUAAAGAGGGCGAGUCGGCGUCUGCGUCGGAGCGCGAGUCGCUGCGCAACCUGUCGGCCGCCAUCGCGCUGCGGCAGCGCUCGGAGGCGGAGGACGUGGAGCGCGGCUGGCUGCUGCAGCGCGCGCUGGCGCUCGACGCGCGCCUCAGCGAGCUGCUGCUGGCGCUGCGCCUCGCCGCCGCCGCCGCCGCCGCGCAGCGCCACGACGACCCCGACGCCGCGCGCCUCGCGCACGCGCUCAGAGACAGGAUAGACAGCACGGAAAAGAACGCCGCAGACGUGGUGUUGAAAAAACUCGCCGAACUCGACGCGAGUAAGAACUUGAUGGACCACUACAGGCAGAGUGUCGAAACGCUCAAAAAGCGGCCGCCACAGUGCGAUGAACAGGACAACAUAGAAUUUAUCGAGCAGGAGUGUGUGGGCGCGGCUCGCAGUCCCGUGCAGUCGGCCGCGUAGUGUCCGCUCGCUGCACCUCGACAUGAGACUCAACGCCGGUUCGAGUUCCACCCAUCAUUAUACAGCAGCCGUGAAGUGCCAUCGACUCCCGUCCCCACGCAGUCGAUGGAAGCCAAAAUAUGUGACAAAAGUGACAUUCAUCAGUGCAAAACGCCCGUUAGGAUUUUCCAUUUGUGCAGUUCAUGGGAUAGUUGUUAAAUACGCAAACUAAUAAGUGUGAAUCCGUCGUAUUGUCACUCGUCCGAUCCGAAUUCUAGUAGCACUUCGUUAUAGUAAGAAAUGUUUGUUGAUAUGGAAUUGUGUGGACGAGCCGUUUCGUAGGUAGAAAAUGUUAGAUGAAUGUGUCACGUUGUUCGUAGGUAAUGUCACGUGGUUGGAAAUGUUUUGUCGGUAAUAAGUAUGAGUAAUUGAAUUCGAUGGAUCUCGCGCAUAAUUAAACUUUCAAAUGUUACUUAUAUACCAUUUGAAUCCUGUCUAAUCUUACAUAUUAUUUUUAUAUAACUUCCUUCAUUACUUUUAGAAAAUAUUCAUCAUUCCUAAAUGCAUUUAAACAUGUUUUCAACUAUAAAUUUCAGCAUAUUUAUGUGUGCGUGAGUUUUCGGCGCUGGAUCCAGAAUGUCUCCAUUUUAUCGAGUUCUCUAUCGAUAAUGUUUAUUACAUUAAAUACUUUACGAACAUGAAACUCUUUUUCAUGAUAUUGUAGUGUUGUCACGAGCCCGUCGAGUAAGAAUUUAUCGAUGAUAUGAAAAUGUCGUUAUGUUCCUUUGACUUGCUAGGGUAGGGCCGAGGGUACGUACGCUUUUGACAGUUCACGUGGAGAAGUACUACGAUGACGCACUGUGUUGCCAAAUAUUGAUAAAGAAAGCAUCCUAUAUUUAAUUUUAACGCAAUUAUUACGACGUGAACUGUCUUAAGGGUGUCAUCGCGGCAUGUUGAAGUAUUUUAAGUGCCAUUAGUGCUAGCUAUUGUAAUUACCAUGACGCUGACCUGGGGAUCACAGAGGUCUGUCAUCUAUUAACCAUGACACGCUUUCAUUAACACAUUGUAAGGCACGCAAUCAGGGAUAUUUAUUUUUGUGAUCUAGUCAAUUCGGAGUAUUAUUCCAAUAUACAAAUGUUUGAUCAAAUUUGAUUAUGAUUAACCUGUACAGUUCGUUCGAAUGUAUUUUUUAGUACAUCAGUUUUCUAUUCCGUGUGUUGAAAUAACUAUUUUCUGUAUUUAAAUGACAAUCAAAUCUAAACAGAAUGAGUAUAGAUAUAUUAAAUUUCCGCCUGUAUGUUUACGUUCAUGAAAUUGCAAGUGAAAA